UAAAUUUCGCAAACCGAAUCACUUUAUUUUAAGUGACUUAUGUUUCUACAAAAAAGCGAAAUUAUCAAGGAAGUAGUAACUAUCAAGAAAGAAUGCUUACGUUUAUUUAAUAGUAGGCAGUAUGUAUAAUCGAGUAUACAUGGGCGAGAUGAUGCAACGUCUAGAAAGCUUCGAGUCUUGGUCGGGCAAUUCGGCGGUAAAGCCCAAAGAUUUGGCCGAGGCAGGCUUUUAUUACCUUGGAAGGGGCGACGAUACUGUUUCUUGCUUUAGCUGUGGGGGCACAUUGAAUGACUGGCGAGUGGGUGAUAUACCAGACGAAAGACAUAGGAGGAUAUCAGGGAACCGCUGUGAAUAUCUGCAACUCAGACUUGCCAGAAAUGUGUUGGAGAGCUCUCCAGCACGUUUUGACAUAAGAUAUCCACCCCAGGCCAGUUUUGACCCAAUAUGUGAUGAUGAUAUGGAAAACGAGGACAAACGUCUUCGAAGUUUCCAAAGGAACAAUGGCUGGCAUGGGGCGGUGGAACCUCAUAAACUUGCUUCAGCUGGUUUUUACUACACUGGUAUAAAUGACCAUGUUAUGUGCUAUUCAUGUGAUGUCAGCUUAAGAUGUUGGAAGCCCAGGGACGAUCCGUUGACAGAGCACUUCAAACUCAACCCGAACUGCAGUUUUUUAGCCAGAUUUAAAAAUAAGUUUUCUGUAACGCAUGCAGGUAUUGCCAUGCAGGAAACUGGUGGGGAAUUUUAUCGAAGUCAAAGCCAAGAUGUGGGUAGGGUUUACCCUACAGCUGCUUCAAACCCCACAACCCAGAUUCCCCAACCAAUGCCAGCAAACUAUCAAACAGCAUCAACCAUACCAAACCGGCCAGCAGUAUCAACACAUGAAAACCGUCCACCUGCAGCAACCCCUGUGAACCAGGUGUCUGGGUCAGCAUCAAAGUACGCCAGUGAACAUGCACGUCUUCACACCUUCAUAAGUUGGCCGAAACAUUGUCCUGUUCAACCAAAAGAGCUUAUUGAUGCUGGUUUUUACUACACAGGAAGUGGGGAUAGAGUUCAGUGCUUUAAAUGUGGUAUUAUUUUAGCAGGAUGGGAACCGCAUGACACUCCAUGGGGAGAGCAUGAGAAGUGGUCCAAGGAUUGCCCUCUCGUUAGAGAGCACCUUCGUCGACGCAACCCCUAUUCGCCUUCACAGGGCCCUAGGCCCCCACUAUUUCCUCAGGAGCAGGUAUGGAAUACCCCUCCAAAUGUAGUGGAUCCCCCAGAGGUGGAGCCAUCAGAGGUACUGGAUGAGAUUGAACCAUCAAAAGUGGUCAGAUUGCCGAAGGAACAAGAUGAACCAAAAGUGGUCAGACUGCCAAUGGAACAAGGCGAGACCUCUAAAGGACAAGCGCAGAACACAGAAGAGGAUAUAUUCUAUAUUCAAAAGGCAAUUCAGAAAUUGAUUCAAGAAAAGAGGUAUGAAUACCAGACUAUAACAGAAGCUGUUCAGCAAAGAGUGAAAGCUGAAGGUGGAAAAAUUGAUAGCAUGGCAGAGCUCGUAGAUGCAAUUGAAUCAUACAUUGGGGUAUCAACCAAAAAAGCUACUACAAGUAAGCAACCAUCCACAACCAAAGGUGACUCAGUAAUGCCUGUCAGCAUUGAUCCAAGAGGUUUGCACGAGCAUGCUAAGAAAUUGCAAGAUGCUCUCAUAUGCAAGGUUUGUCUAGAUGCUGAAGCAGGAAUUGUUUUCUUGCCAUGUGGACAUUUGGCAUGUUGUCCAAAGUGCUCAGAAGAGAUCCGGUCAAAAAGGGAUUGUUUGUGCCCAAUAUGUCGUGGUCAUAUUGCCGGCAUUAUCAGAACUUUUAUCACCUAAAACUGUGUGUUACAUAUUUCUUCUAAAUUACCAGGGUUUAGUGAUUGGAAAAUUGACACGUUAUUAAAUUGGAUUUAGGUAUACUUUCACAAUAUAAUGUUACACUAGCUAACCUAUAAAAUUUGUAUUCAUCCACAUUACAUAAUAUGUGUUUGCAAAAUAUAAAAUAUGCCAUGCAAAGGCAUUCCUCAAUU